ACGCAACAGCCUGCAAUCACCUCCAUCGGGUUACUGCGUUUUGAGAGCUUGUGCAGACUUUGUUACAAGUGGAAUGGCUUCAACCAGACUCGGGGGGGAUAUCUGAAACCUCCACGGAACUACACACGAUUCUCCGCAGCGACAUUUUGAGCCGCGUCAGACACUGAAUGUAAGCUGAGUCGGUGACAUGGCAACAGGAGGCACUCCUUUUGAUGGAAGCUCAGAAGAGUUGCACAACUGGACUGUAGGCAACGGCAGUCUGGAGGACAGACUCAAUAACAUGGACUGGGGUGUGCAGCAAAAGAAAGCAAACCGAUCUUCAGAGAAGAACAAGAAAAAGCUUUCUGCUGCUGCGGUGGUGGAAAGCCGCCUGACUAAUGAUAUUUCACCGGAGUCCACCCCGGGCGCCGGCCGCAGGAGAGCUCGCACCCCUCAUUCCUUCCCCCAGAUCAAAUACACUACCCAAAUGUCUGUCCCAGACCAAGCUGAGCUUGACAAGCUCCGGCAGAGGAUCAAUUUUACCGACCUGGAUGAGAGGAGCAUCGGCAGUGACUCUCAGGGGCGGGUCACAGCUGCCAACAACCAGCGGCAGUUAGCCGGAGAAAAUAAGAAGCCUUACAAUUUCCUGCCUCUGCAUGUAAACACUAACAAAAGUAAGGAGCUGCUCCAUCCCUCAGCAUCUGCCCCAACCACCCCCGCCAUCGCCAAGGAAAUGAAGAAGCAGAGCCAAGGACUCAGAGAAACGUUAACCCCCGUGGUUCUUUCAAAAGACUCUCCAAGGCCCAGUACUGGUGGGAAAGAGAGUCGGCUCUUAAUGCAGAGAGAGCAUGGAAGAGGAGAGCCAAGAAUAGACAGCAGCCAGGUGGUGACCAAACUGGUGCAGAUUCGGGACUACAUCAGUAAGGCCAGCUCCAUGAGGGAUGAUCUGGUGGAAAAGAAUGAUGUGCCAGCCAACGUGGAGCGUCUUUCUCUUCUCAUUGACCACCUCAAAGAGCAGGAGAAGUCCUAUUUACGCUUCUUACAAAAAAUGCUUGCGCAGGAGAGUGACGAAGCUCAUGUGGGGACUCUGGACUCAACAGUCGGCUCAGGUUCACUGGUAGAGAUCACUUCUCUUAACACAGAGGCUCAGUCCUCAGACGCUUUAAAUGUAAUAGGUGGUAGGCCAGAAUCCUUGCGUACCGACCAGAGGGAAGAAUUGGAGAACCUGCGUAAGCAGCACGAGCUGCUGAAGAAGAUGCUGGAGCAGCAGGAGCAGCUCAGGGCCCUUCAGGGCCGACAGGAAGCACUAAUGGCCAUGCAGCACAGUGCAGAACAGGCACUGGCUGUGAUUGAAGACACUGUUGUCACAGAAACCACUGGAAGUGUUUCUGGUCUAAGCAUCACUUCAGAACUGAAUGAUGAGUUAAAUGAGUUGAUCCAGCGGUUCCACAACCAGUUACAUGACACUCAGACUAAAGCAGUGCCAGAUAACCGUCGUCAGGCACAGAGUCUGUCCCUCUCCAGAGAAGUGUGUUGGUCUAGGACUCCUCAGGCCGUUGGUCCACCUCAACACAGACCCCUCCUUCACUCUGCCUCUGGUCCACACGCUGGUCUAGACGGUGGGGCAACGGCUGCAAGUGUCAACCUCACUAAGCUGCAAGAACUCCAAGAGAAAAAGCAAACUAUGGACAAGAUACUACAGGAGUUACAGUCACUCAGAGACCAGACACUUAAUAAUAAUUCAUGUCGUGGUUUGUCAGCACAGUGUAGCCCUAGUCUGCAAGGAUCUUCACAGAGUCAGUCUGCUCUCUGCUCUAAUGGGGCCUCGGCUUCCACUUCCUUUCAGCCUCCACUCGCUCCACAGCAGGACUGCUCCAACUCUGCUGACAAGCUGAGGAAGCUAAAAGAGGUCCACAAGCGCCUGAAUGAACUGCGGGAAUUAGUUCAGUACUAUGAGCAGACUUCUGAUAUGAUGGUGGAUGCAGUCAAUGAAAAUGUGAAAGAGGGUGAUGAUGAGGAGGAGGAUGAGACAGAGGAUGGAUCUAUGUUUGAGGUCAUGUUUGACUCGGAGCAGGAGAAUCGCCACCCUGUAACUAACAUCAGAAACCCACAGCGCAGCGGGAACUGGACAGACUUGAACAGUCUGACCAAUGGGCGCAUGGCCAGGAGUAGCACAGCUAACAACCGGGAUGGGAGACUUAACACUGAGUGUGAGAUCAACAACCGGACAGCAGCCAACCUCCGCAGCCUUAACAUGACGGCACCCAUAGGUACGCUAAUAGAAUGCCAGUACAAUAGGGACAUCCCUUACAAUCAGAUGAAGGAUGAAGAUGGGGAUGAAGACUGUCUUGAUAAUGAUGGAGGAGCGCAGGCUGUGGUUCUUGACAGUGCAUCAGAGUCCAGCCGGAGAAGCAGUCUGGGGAAUGAUGCGGAUUUUGCUCAGAAGCUUCAUCGCCGGACAGCAAAGCAAAAACGAUGGCAGCUUCAGGAACUGGUGGCCAUGGUACAGAGUGAUGACACAGAUGUAACAACAGCUAAUGAGGAUGAAGCUUUACACCAGCAGCCAAAUAACACCAGAGCUCCUGUUCCUGGAACAUUUGGGACGGGAUCUAAACAAAAUCCCAGAGACAUCAGUCUCUCCAGCAAGGCCAGAGAGAAACUGUAUGAGGAGAAGCUGCGUCAGCAGAAGCAGACGCUGAAGCAGCUGCAUGAAGAGCGCCAGAGACUCAGUGAAAUCCAAGGCAAGAUCCAGGACCUGCAGUGGGCUUGCCCUGACCUCCAGUCAUCUGUGUCCAGCACAGUGAGUCAGCAGGGUUUAUUGAGGAAGGUGCCAGUUGCAGCUUCAACUCCUGCUUCUGUCCAGGCUUCCUCAUCCUCUGGACCAAAAACUAACUUGGCUGUGCUCAAACCCACUGCUCAAGAGGCAGCCCCUUCUUCAGCAGCUGACAAUGAGCUCUGGUCAGAAAUGCACCGCCACCAGAUUUUGCGGGAAGAUCUUCGACAGCGCAGAAAGCACCUAGAGUCGUUGAUGGCUGAACACCAGAGACGUAGCCGUAUUGAUGACCCGUCUUGUCAGAUCGAAGACCAUGAAGAAAAUGCUACAUCUUCACACCCCAUCAGUAGGGAUGAAAGAACAAUGGCCACCUGGGGUUCCAGUCCCUGCCACCUUGAUGAUGACAACGAUGAGGACCGUGAAGAGGAUGAGUAUCGAUCAGAGAUGGGUGCAGAGGAAGAAGAAGAGCAGGAGGCAUGUACAGAGAGCAGCUCGGAUGACGACAUCCAUGUCUUUUCACCAAAUAGUAAUCAGUGCUCCUACAGUAACAGGAACAAUGAAGGAAGCAAUCUGAAGCCUCCAGCAGCCUUUUCGGGUGAAAACAGUGUGCAUCUUCACAACAAAACUAAAGCAAAGCCGCAAUCCAGAGGGUUGAACCAGCCAGCAAGCCAGCAUGGUGGUGUACGCCGACAAGAGAACCUGCGCUGGGCCUCGGAGCUCUCCUUUACUGAGGGGACAUGUCACUGGCAGGAGCAAGUCAACCAGUUACAGAGACAGUUGGACUUCAGUACCAGCAUGUUUCAAACACUCCUGCAGGACCAGCAGACAUUAUCGUACAUGUUGCAAACUCUGCUGACGGGUCAGUACAGCAUGGUACCCAACAACGUGGCAUCACCACAGGUUCACCUGGUCAUGCAUCAACUAAACCAGUGCUAUACCCAGCUGGCCUGGCAACAAAACAAUGUACAAAGGCUAAAGCAGGUCCUGAAUGACCUCCUUCGCCAGCAGCAGCAGCAGCAGCAGCAGCAGCAGCAGCAGCAGCAGGCGCCGCCGCCGCCGCCGCCGCCGCAGGCGUCGACUUCAGCAGCAGGUUGGCAGACGCAGAAGCAAGGCUCGGCACAGGAAUUCAGCUCUGGGUCUUCAGCCUCUCCUGGCGUUUUCCUCCCCUUCUCUACCCUGCAGCCUUCAGCCAACAACAUGCCAGUGUCUCCUUUAGCCCCCUUCCCGCCCAGUUUCAAUUUAUAUCCUCCAUUCCCUGCUGCCAUGGGUCACUUUCCUCAAGGUGCUGUUGGUCCAGCCACUCCUGAGCAUCACAAGGUGCAGCUGGACCCCAACUCCUCUAUUAAAACAGAGUACAUGAGUUUUCCCCCUCCACUGCAGCGCUCUCCUCUAAACACCUCUACAGAAAGGGGUAGGCCAGCAGGUCGACUUAACACAUCCUACACAAACAAUAUGGCACGACAUAACUCAUCUAAGAUGGAAGCGCAAGAAUCUCCUCCUUCCUCGCCCACUUAUACAAAAUGCCCCUUAGGACUGCAAGCAUUUGACAAGGCAUCCCAGGAAAGCUCCAGCAGUAUCCCUGAUGCUGUUGAUCCCACCACAGUCACAAAGACCUUUAAGGCUGGCCGCAAAGCAUCUGCACAAACCAACUUGGCCUCUCGGAGCAAAACCACCAAGAACCGACGCAGGAGGAACAAAGGGCACAGUAAGAACAGUGAAGACCACGACAGUGACAGCGUCAGCAGCACUGCAGACUUCGCCCAGCAGAGGGCACCGCCGCCUCAUCACCGAGAUCAGAAUAAGACUCUGUUGGAUAAACUGACUCAAGAAAAACUGGACAGGAAAUCAAAGCUCGGGAACAAAAGAAAUGACCUCUCAUCAGCUUAUACUUGGAGAACACCCUUCCUCUCUAACAGAAUUGCAUGCACAGAAGCUCCAGAUGCCAGCAGUGAGUUCUCGCUGUUCGAGGCUCUGAGAGAAACCAUUUACUCUGAGGUGGCAACGCUGAUAUCACAGAAUGAGUCACGGCCCCACUUUCUCAUCGAGCUCUUCCAUGAACUGCAGCUACUUAACACAGACUACUUGCGCCAAAGGGCACUCUAUUCCUUACAAGACAUACUGGCCAGACAUCUGGAGGUGACGAAUGCAGCCGAGGACCAGGUGGCCACUCACGGUCCUAUGGUUUGGGCUGCAGGUUCUCAGUCUGAGCUCACACCCAGCCAGAGUCUGACUACCAGUGAUGAAGAGGUGGUGGAGAAGAACUUGAGACAUGCACAGGACACAACAAAGAGGAGGGAUGAUGCAGAAUCUGUGGAAAAUAACAGCAACAUGUCAACCUCCUCCGUCCUGGAACCUUUUGCUAAUGAUGACCUAGGCAACACCGUGAUUCAAUUAGACAAAGCCCUGGCAAGGAUUAGGGAGUAUGAGCGCAUGAAGCUUAAAGCUGAGUUUAACCCCUUCAACGCCAGCACUGCAGGUGCAUGCAGCUCUGAAGUCUCAAAAGCUGAACACCCUUCUGCUAACCCCGCUGACCCAGUGGAAGGUGGUGCAGCUGGUGGUGUACACUGCCCUCAGAUUGACACACAGCAUUUGGAUCGUCAGAUCAAAGCUAUCAUGACAGAAGUUAUUCCAUUCCUUAAGGAGAACAUGGAUGAGGUGUGUUCCCAUCAGCUGCUGACGUCUGUGCGUCGCAUGGUCCUUAAUCUCACGCAGCAGAAUGAUGAGAGCAAGGAGUUUGUCCACUUUUUCCACAAACAACUCGGUGGUAUUUUGCAGGACUCUCUCGGUAAAUAUGUAGGCCGUACUCUGAAGGACUGUGGGGAGGAUCUCCUGGUUGAGAUUUCGGAGAUCCUGUUCAAUGAACUGGCUUUCUUUAAGCUGAUGCAGGAUUUGGACAACAGCAACAUGACUGCCCAGGCAGCAAAACACAAAAAUAAGAAAACAGCCGGAGGGCCCGGUAAAACAAAGCAGACUAUUGAGGAGAAAUUGGUUGGUGAAACAAAUAAAUCUAUUUCUCGAGCAGAUGCUAAUCAAGACAAGGAUCAGAAUGAGGCAGUGCAGCAAGGAGCCACUGCGCUCCGAGAACUUUACCUUCAGAACAAGACCAAGAACAACUCGAGCAGUGAUGCUUCAGAGGCUGAAGAGGAGGACGAGGAUGAAGGACAUGGACAGGGAAUGCCUUUAUCAAUCAGUCUUUCCAAAGCUGAGACUCAAGCCCUAACAAACUAUGGCAGUGGAGAGGAUGAGGAUGAUGAGGAGGAAAUACAGGAGUUUGAAGCCGGACCUGUAGAAGUCCAAACGUCCUUGCAGGUUUCAGCUGACGGACAGGUGGAGCAAGAGGCCAGCGCCAAGGGAACAACCAGCAGUGAAAUCCAGGAAAUAGAAACUGAACAGAAGACUUCAGAGAAUAAUGAUGAGAUCAGCAAGUCAGCCGGGACUGUAAGCUCUACAGUACAGCUCCACACUGGGCUGGAGAGCCAGAGCCCUGAGGAGGAAAGUAAAGCUGAAGCAGCUGCUGCAGCUGAGGGAGACUCUGCCGUCCCCCAGAGUCCACACGUCCCCAAGGAGUCGACCACCACCAGUAGCCCCAACACAGACUCGCCCGUCCUCGUCAGUGUAGACGAGAUUGGAUCAGGUAACACAAGCCAAAGGUCUGAUGAGGAAGAUUUUGUCAAGGUGGAUGACUUACCACUGCAGCUCACCGUCAUGUGUGAGGAGGAGCUUCAAAAGAGAAUAGUGGAGGAGCAGCAGAAUAACAGCCUCUCUGUGGAAAUCCUGAAAGGCAACGCUGAACUGAUGAUUGGGCUGGUGGGAAACGCACAGGCACUGAAGGAACCAGAGACUGUUGGUGCCCAGAAUGUAUAAGGAGAUAUAGAGAUUUUUCAAACUGCUGUUUUUAGUAACAUGAUAGUUAAACCCUCAGUCUGAUCUGUAUGAUUGUUGCUUCCUAAUGUGCUAGUUUAAAGAAGCAAAGUUACACCUUAGUUGUUACAAAUUAGUUGUGACAGUUGCAGACAACAGCUACAAAUUGUCAACACUUUAAGUUCUUUUUAUUCCUGAAUGUUUAGUGAUAUUUCUUGAUCAUAGGGAGUGUAGUUAUCUCUUGCUGCUGAUCACCAGCUGUAAGUCUGUGUUUGAAUUUCUGUUGUGCUAAAACCACUGUUCAUACCUGCCUUAAUAUUCUUCAUGGUUCUGGGAUCAGUUUGACAUCAAUGUUUUUUUUUUGUUUUAUUUUUCUUGGCCUUUCCCUGCUCUUGUACGACUCAUCUUUUCUGCACACGAGUUCUAUUUAUAGAUUAUAGCAGGAUGAAAGUUCAGUCAUAACCUGACUGAAAUCUGCUAAUUGUUCCUUUUUUCCACCCUAAGUUCUGUAACUUUUAUUCCCUCUGACAUCUUUUUACACGGUUCUGCUGUUAAUGUUUAAGACGUGCAUGAUUUUCAUUUUAACAGACUUUUCACUACAAUACUAAGAUUUCAUUAAUAAAAUGCUGGAACUUUAAAAAAAAAAAAGAAAAAUGCUGUUCUGUAUUUAUAUAUGGGCUGACACUGUAGUGUUUUGUUUUUCCCCCCUCUCACCUCGUCCACCUUUUUAAUCUACAUUACUUUUAGCGUAGUGUUUUUCGGAAAUAACUUUGUUUUACAUAAUACAUGUACUAGUAGCUGAGGCAAUAAUGACAAAUUGGAUCAAUACUGGCCUGCUGCUGAAUGGUUGGUCAAUGCCUUUUCAGACUUUGGCAAACCAGAGGUAGGAAAGAGAGGGCUUAACUUCUGCUUUCAGCGGAAACAUACAAAUGACACUUUCAUAAGUUUGAGGAAAUGAAAGCAUUUUUGCAUCCAGUUCCUCAUCGCUGAGCUUGGCCUUCAUAAAUUAAUAGUUUUCUGCCUUUUUUUUUGUCUUAUGGUAAUGUAAUAAAUGAACUUGAGGUUGUUUUAAUAAAAAAAUGAUUAACUUA